AUGGGCCACCUCGUUCGACCCCCACCCCCCACCUAUGACAUGGCCCAGAAAGCAGCCCACAAUUCCAUCCUCGACCAAACGAAUUUAAAAGAAACGACAGUACAGGAAGUAAAGAUUCGUGGUUAUUGGGUGGACAACGAUGCUGACGUCAACAAAUAUCUGAAGGUGGUGUUUAUUCCAAACUACAACGUUUCAGUGGCUGAAGUGCUCAUUCCUGGCAGUGAACUGUCACAGCACAUUAGUACUGCAGGCAUGGAAGCAAGUGGAACAAGUAACAUGAAGUUCUCUCUGAAUGGCUGUGUUAUCAUUGGAACUCUCGAUGAAGCCAAUAUUGAAAUCAGAGAAGAAGUGGGACAAGACAACUUCUUCCUUUUCGGUGCCAAAGCAGAUCAGAUUGCUGGUCUGAGGAAGGAAAGGGAAAAUGGCUUGUUCAAGCCAGACCCACGCUUUGAAGAAGCCAAGCAGUUUAUCAGGAGUGGUGCUUUCGGCACCUAUGACUACACUCCUCUCUUGGAUUCCCUUGAAGGGAACACUGGAUUUGGGCGUGGUGACUACUUCCUUGUUGGCUAUGACUUCCCAAGCUACAUUGAGGCACAGGCCCGGGUUGAUGAAGCCUACAAGGACAAGAAGAAAUGGAUCAAGAUGUCCAUCUUGAACACGGCUGGAAGCGGCAAAUUCAGCAGCGACCGCACCAUCGACCAGUACGCGAAGGAGAUCUGGGGCAUUUCGGCCUGCCCUGUUCCAUGAAGAGGAGGCACAAUCAAGAGGCAUUGGACGAUGAUGCUUGGCAGUAAUAAGGAUCUUAUAUGAUCCACGGUGAAUAACCCCUGCUUCCGUUGUAGCUGAGAAGAAUGAAGCAACGUACGAAGCCUGUUGUGUUGUGUAUUCUGCUGCACUUUUGAAGUGCAUAGAGGAUGCGGCUUUUCUUUUGUUAUUUUUCCUUUUUGGUCUGUAACCGUACUAUUUUGAUCCGGAACUGGAAUAGCGGAAUCAUCCAGGUUCCCAAUAAAAUAGUUCAAGUUUUGAUUA